UUUACCCAUAGGGCAUGUGCUCUAUAAAGAAGAAAAAUACAAAAAUUUUCAGUUUUAUAGUAGAUAAUCGUCUAGCGCCAUUCUGGAGAAGAUCUGCGGACACAAAAUUUUAUAAGUUGAACGUAACAUUGUUGCAGUUGCAGUCGCAAGCAUGAAAUGUCGAUUCAAGAAAAGGAAAAGCAGCAGCUAUAGCAGAGACGUGAUGCCAUGCUGCAGCAGCAGCAGCAGCAAGUCGAAACUGCCCCUGCCGCUGCCGCUGCCACUGCCGAUCUUCGGACUUGUGUCCAAGGAGAGGCCCUGGCCGCGUAAAGAACGCCAUUGUCUCUACUAUAGCACUGAUUGCGACAAGACGGCGCUGAUCAACAACUUUCAGAAAAGAGGCUGGCAUAAGGUGCCCGCCUUCGAUGGCGAAUGGAAUCUGUAUUGGGCGUGCGCGCAGAACUGUCGCUACAUUUUUGGGGUCGAUCAUCCCUAUCGAAUGCGAUCUGAUCAAAUAAUCAAUCACUUCCCCAACUCGAUGGAGCUGUCACGCAAGGAUCUGUUGAUUAAGAACAUCAAGCGCUAUCGUAAGGACUUGGAGCGCAAGGGCGACGCCUUGGCCAUGACUCAUCCGAAUAGCACGAAAUUGGGCGUCGGCGGCACACGCUAUAUGUAUCUAGAUAUAAUACCGAUGACAUUUGUACUGCCCGCCGAUUACAAUUUAUUUGUGGAACAGUUCCAUAAGAAUCCGGCGAGCACAUGGAUUGUAAAGCCUUCCGAUAAGUCACAAGGUGUUGGCAUCUACUUGAUCAACAAGCUGAGCAAACUGAAGAGGUUUGCCUAUGAAGCGCGCACAUUCUAUCCCCACUUUCAUCGCGACACCUGCGUCAUCUCCAAAUACAUCGACAAUCCCCUCCUCAUUGGCGGCAAGAAGUUCGAUCUGCGACUGUACGUGCUGGUCACUUCAUUCAAUCCAAUUAAGGCUUAUCUGUACAACGAGGGCUUCUGCCGCUUCUGUACCCAGCGGUACGAUCAGACCGAGAUCGAUAAUGUUUUCAUGCAUCUCACGAAUGUCAGCAUACAAAAGAAUAAUAAGGAGUACAAUACGAUACAUGGUGGCAAAUGGUCCAUGCAGAAUCUGUGGCUCUAUUUGGACAGCAUACGUGGCGAGGGCGUAUCGAAGAAACUCUCUUGCCGCAUCUCGGAGACGAUACGACAUUCUUUAGACGCUGUCGCCCCUGUAAUGGCCAACGAUCGGCAUUGCUUUGAGGUGUAUGGUUAUGAUAUUAUUAUCGAUAACAACCUGAAACCGUGGCUUAUCGAGAUCAAUACAUCACCAUCCAUACACUCGACCACAAAAAACGAUUGCACUCUGAAGACCCGCCUGAUCGAUAACGUCCUGGAUGUGGUUAUACCGCCCAGUGGAAUGCCCGACGAGCGUUGGUCCAAGACGCCCAGCCAAGACUCCUUAAGGAACUUUACACUGAUAACUCCUAUACAGCUGCCAAAGACCCCAAAUUCAUGCCAAUCGUCCACACCAUUAACUGAAGCUGGUGGAACAGGACCGCUAACUGAUAAUUACUAUUAUCGCAAGCAUAAAAGUAUAAUUAACCGGUUGGCGGGCGGUGCUCUACCUGCCUUGGCAGUAUCCAAGGCGGCAUCCAAAUUUCUGCUACCGUCUGGAACCUCGGCGCUAAUGCGUCCCAUGGUACAGAGCCACAUCAGAAAGGCGACCGAGUCGAAAAAAUUAAGCCAGAAAUCGAAAUUAAAAUCGAAGUCAGCGAUGAAACGCGGCAUUGGAGCUGCGUUAUCGAAGCGGGUGUCCUAAUAAAUGAUUGCCUGACAGAUAUAUUGCAACAUUCAUAUACGGUUACACAGUUCCCAGGUACACGCUCCGGUCAGACUAAGUGCAACAGAAUUGAUUAGCAUUCGGGUGGCAAUUCAACAACAAAAAAAUAUUGGGAGA